UCCUCUGUUGGAAAUCUUGAAUGAACGCCACCAGACGGGUGUACUUUACAAUGGCUAUUUUGAGGUUCUUUGUUGUUAUUUUUAUUAUUUUCUUCAUCAGCACUCUUUCCGUACCAGCUGUAAGCAGAUCAAGCAGUUCAACAGCCGAGCACCUAGCGGUAUUUACGUCAUAAGACCUUUACGCCAUGGUUUACCCUUGGUUGUGUACUGUGAGAUGGCACUAGGGGGUGGUGGCUUCACGUUUCUCCCUCGAUCCCUCACUACCAGGUCGGAUGCCCAGCGAGUCGUCAAUGCUCUUUUCACCGAGAGAAAAAGAGUUCUCUUGAAGCUGCAGCACCGUGGGCAGCACAAAGAGUCCUACACAUUGAUCACGCCACACCGCUACUACUGGCGUUACAACUUUGGUGUCCUGGUGAACAGCUACACGGGCUACACGCCGCCAGUGAACAGGUUCAUGCAUGAUUACAUCCUCUUGGGGAUCAUUCCGAAACAUGCAGCGGCACGGCGUGCCAUCCAGGGCUUCACCUCCAAUCAUCGCAUCGUGCAGUUUAGGAACUGUGAUGCCAACCCAAACAGCUUGUUCGCCUUCCUGCCGAAUCACUACCACCAAGCCCCUAGCUCUUAUCUCGCCAAUAACCCGGUAUUUGAACGCCAAGGGGUAGCUGUCGACUGGCGCAAUGCAGCUUGGUCCAUCACCAAUCCUGUCCGCACCAUGCCGAACCAGUUCUUCUUCCUGACCGAAUUGCAUUUUGGAGGAUGCGGCUGUUACACGAGCAGCAACCGCUGGACAAAUUAUCAAGGCACGGCCAUCGGCCUUCGUUAAAGCACUCGGCUGCUGAGAAUCCAAAAAUAAGCCAUUAAAUGUAACGGGUUUAGGUUUACUCGACGCUUGUCCGAGAAAUGUAAGGGGCUGCUUUAAGAAAAUCAUGUGCUUAUUUCAAAGUCACGACAAUGGAAAAACAUAACUUGGGAAUAAAAUGGAGUGUUAAAUAUUUGA